AUGCUUCUUGAAGGUAUUUACAAAGCAGUCAAGAAAAUAAGGCCAUGUGAAUUCCAAUCUUCAAAUGGAGACUGUAUUAGCAUUUCCAUUAUGGAUGCCUUUAUCAAUAACCCAGCUGUAAGUAAAAGCAACAUCCUUGCAUCAACACAACAGAUCUUUCCAGCAGAGUGUCGACUGAGGAUGUGCAGCUAUGCAGGUGCUCUUGUGGUCACUUUUGGUUGGUCAGUUAAUGGCGUCAAACAAGCUCAUAUUCAGAAAAACCUGGGAAAUAUCCCCAUUAUGGUCAAGUCAAGUGCUUGUAAUCUGAUACACAUGACUCCCAGAGAACUUGUAAACCAAGGUGAAGAAACAGAGGAAGCUGGUGGCUACUUUAUAAUUAAUGGCAAUGAAAAGAUCAUCCGACAGCUUAUCACUCAACGUAAAAAUUAUCCAUUUUGUAUUCAACGUGACCAUUUAAAAAGACACGGAAAAUUGUUCACAGAAUAUGGCUUGCAUAUUAGGUGUGAAAGAGAAGAGGAUGGAUACUCACAGGUUAUGGUGAUGCAUUAUCUUAAAACUGGAACUGUACAUCUAAGUUUCCAGAUAGAAAACAGUAUCUAUGUCAUUCCUGCUAUUUUCUUGCUAAAGGCUCUUAUUGAUGUAAAUGAUAAAUUCAUUUAUGAUGAACUUUUGAAAGGAAGGGAAAAUGAUACUUUCUACAAAAGUUGUAUUGUAUUGAUGCUUCGGACUGCUCUGAAUGAAGACUUAAUCUGUCAAAGUGAUGUCCUUCACUACCUGGGUAAGACAUUUAGGGUUAAACUGAAUUAUGCUGAGUGGUAUUCAGAUGAAGAGAUUGGAAAAUUCCUUCUCAGAGAUUACAUACUUAUUCAUAUGUCUGACAAUUUGGAUAAAUUUAACUUACUUGUUUACAUGAUACAGAAGCUUUAUGCUUUUGUCCAAAAUGAAUGUGCUGCAGAAAAUAGGGACAGUAUAAUGAACCAAGAAGUUCUCCAGCCUGGAAAAAUAUAUCAAAUUAUACUUAUGGCCCAGCUGCAAGCUUGGUUAUAUUCACUCAGGUUUGAAAUUGAGAAAGUCCAAUCAGUGAAAGGAUUAGUAGUUGUGAAUGAAGAUGUGAUGCAUGAUGUUUGUCGCUAUGGCAACAAAAUUGUAAACACAAUGCAGUAUUUCCUGGCAACAGGGAACGUGCCUGGAAAGCUGAAGGUCCCUCUUCAACAGAGCACUGGGUUGGUGAUCAUUGCUGAUCGUCUUAACCACCACAGGUUUAUUUCACAUUUCCGGAGCAUUCAUCGAGGCUCUUUCUUCAUCGACUCACCUGAAGUGUCUGUGAGAAAAUUAUUACCUGAAGCCUGGGGAUUUUUGUGCCCUGUCCACACACCUGAUGGAACUCCCUGUGGGUUACUCAAUCACAUGACCAUUGCAUGUCAGGUUGUGAAUAAAACAUAUGAUGUAUCACAUUUUCCAGCUUUAUUAGGGUCCCUUGGGAUGUUGGCAAUAAAUGAUAAAGCCGCUCGGCCAUUCAAUGAAUUUUACCCGGUGAUGCUUGAAGGACAGAUAUGUGGCUGUGUUCAUGAGAAUAAUGUGACAUCUUUUUGUGAGCAGCUUCGUUAUUUUAAACUCCAGGAUACCAAAGAGGUCCCUGUGGUAUUGGAGAUUUGCCUAGUUCCAAAAACUGACAGUGUCAGCCAGUAUCCAGGCAUAUAUCUAUUUUACGGCCGCGAUCGCUUGAUUCGACCUGUGCUCAACCUGGCACUAGAAAAAAUUGAAUUCAUUGGGACAUUUGAACAAGUCUACAUGGAUAUUGCUGUCACUGCUGAGGGCAUAUAUAAAGGAAUUACAACUCAUAUAGAAUUGAAGAAAAAAAAUAUGUUGAGUUUUCUUGGAAACCUGAUUCCAUUUUCAGACUUUAAUCAAAGUCCAAGAAAUAUGUACCAAUGCCAGAUGGGAAAACAAACCGUUGGAAUGACACCACAUUCACUUUCUCACCGCAAUGAUUUCAAAAUGUAUCGUCUGCAAACUCCUCAAAGCCCAAUUGUACGGAACACCUUGUACAAUGAAUUUGAAAUGGAUGAAUACCCUCUUGGCACCAAUGCUGUUGUUGCUGUGCUCUCUUAUACAGGUUAUGACAUGGAAGAUGCUAUGGUUUUAAACAAAGGUUCAGUUGAACGAGGUUUUUCACACGGAAGUAUUUAUAAAACUAUGACUGUUGAUUUGAAUGAAAGAAGCAGAGCAGGUCAAUUUAGGUUUGCCAACAUAGAUCUAGUUGAUGGACUGGAUGCAGAUGGCCUGCCUCCUGUUGGCACUUACCUAAAAAAGGGAAGUUACAAUUACAGCUUUAUAAAUCUUCAGACAUCUGAGCAAAAAAAUGUUGAGUACCCUAGUAAUGAAUCUGGAUAUGUUGACCAAAUUAGAAUCUUGAGCAAUGACACUGGCACUGCAGAUCUCACUCAUGCUUCCAUCACUCUUAGAAUUCCUAGAAAUCCAAUCAUUGGAGAUAAAUUUUCCAGUCGACAUGGGCAAAAAGGAAUUUGCAGCAUUCUUUGGCCAUCUGAAGACAUGCCAUUUACUGAAAGUGGAAUAACACCUGACAUCAUUUUCAACCCCCAUGGUUUUCCCUCUCGAAUGACAGUUGGUAUGAUGAUUGAAUUUAUGGCAGGGAAAUCCGCGUCCCUCCAUGGUAUUGGACAUGAUUCAACUCCUUUCAGUUUUUCUGAGGAUAACUCUGCUGCUGAUUAUUUUGGGAAAAUGCUCACUGCUGCGGGCUACAAUUUUUAUGGAACUGAACGAAUGUACAGUGGAAUCACAGGUGAAGAAUUAGAAGCGGAUAUCUUUAUUGGAAUUGUCUACUAUCAGAAGUUGAGGCAUAUGGUUUCUGAUAAAUUCCAGGUGAGAACAGUCGGACAUAUUGACUCUGUUACACAUCAACCAGUAAAAGGACGUAAACGUGGUGGUGGUGUCCGAUUUGGAGAAAUGGAAAGAGAUGCUCUCAUUGCCCAUGGAUCCUCUUUCUUGUUGCAAGACAGACUGAUGAAUUGCACUGACCGCUGUGUGAGUCAUGUUUGUGUCACGUGCGGUAAUUUAUUAUCUCCUUCGCUCAAAUCUGCCAGUUUAAAAUCAGCUCAUCUUGAUAGUUGGAUUUGUCAGCUAUGUAAGAGUCCAAACUCUGUCAAAGUUCUUUCCAUUCCCUAUGUGAUGCGAUAUCUCACAGCAGAAUUGGCUUCUAUGAACAUCAAUAUGAAACUGGACAUAAAAACGUAG